AUUAGCAUCCCAAAGAAAAACUCUGUUUUCUCUACUGAAAAACCCAUAGCCAGAGGCCAUGAAACUCAGAGUGAGAUCCCAUUGAGAUCCAAAGAGACCCUCAGAAUCGAGGUCUUUGAUGCUUCUUCUCUUCUCCAAUUCAAGGACGUCAUUGCUCAGUCAAUUUCAUCAUCAUCAUCAUCUUCUUCUUUCUCUCCGCCUCUUCCUCAACUGGAACGACGAGCUCUUCGCUUCUUCUCCUCACGAUUCGCUUCACUCCCUAGGUAUCGUUUCUGGUGACCUGAUUCUCUAUUCCGUUGUCCCUGAAUCUCCAUUUCCUAAUUCGGAGUUUACUGUGAUGAUGGAGAACCGAAGCAAUAUCGAUGGUGGGCCGACUCCCCUGAAUGAGAAGUUUCUGGUGAAUAAUCUCGAUUCUACUCUUGAUGGUAAUGAAUCCGAUAUGGUUAAUGGGGAGGGUUCAAAUUUCUAUAUGUGUGAAGGGGAAGAGGGUUUUGGGAUUGAAAGUUUGGAAACUGAGAGCAAGUAUGUAGGUAGCGUGGGGAGUAAGUUUCAUGAUCACAAACUAAUGGUGAUUGCAGUUCAUUCAGUUCUUUUAGAAUCUGGGCUUCUUAGGUUCGACUCGGUUUCGGGUACUCGGGUUGAUAAAUUUUCUGGUCUCGACAAUUGGAAGCCUUUCAUGGCAUUUUCACCUCAGUUUCACUAUACCCUGCCUGAGAUUCUGAGCAAAAAUGAAGAUUCUACUUCACAUGUGAUUGAAACAGUUGUUUUGAAGUUUCAGAUCAUGGGGCGUUUUGUCAUUGUUUUUGGGUCUUUAACUAGUGGUGGUCUAAGAUCAGAAACGUACCGGUUAUGUUUAGAUCAACAUAAUUUUGUGUCGAGUAUUGGUGAUUCUGAAAGACAAGUUUACGAGUUCUGGAAAAUGGUGAAGGACAAGCUUGUGUCUCCUCUGUUGAUUGAUCUUUGUGCAGAGGCAGGAUUGCCCUCUCCACCAUGUUUCAUGGGACUCCCGUCUGAGCUUCAAAUGAAGAUUUUGGAGUUGCUUCCGGCUGCCCAAAUCGCUAAAAUGGGGUGUGUAAGCAAGGAACUGUACUACGUGUCAAGCAACAAUGAUUUGUGGAAGAAUAAGUUUGAGGAGAAGUUUGGAAUUGAGAUAGGAUUAGAAGUGGAAGUAGUCUCCCAUUGGAAGAAGACAUUUACUAGUAAGAGAAAGGAGGAAGAGGAGAGGAGAAUUGGACUGAUUCCAUUUUACUUUUCCUUUUUUUGAAGUUCAUGACAGUUUCUGUGUUCGUGCUCAUCGUCUCACAUUUGGAAGAUCAGGUGAGCUUUUCUCAGCCAGAGGACCUUUUCAUUUUCUGGGCUAAGCUAGUGUGCUCUAUAUUGCUUUUAGUUUUGGUGUCCAUGUUUGUCAAUAUAUAGAAAUAUAGAAGCCUUUUUUUGGUUGCAAGUUCUUGCUCAAAUGAAAGUUUUAGCUAGCAAAGGUUUUACUUUCAAUCAUUUGUGGAUUGUAUAUAUUAUGUUGUUAUUCUUGCUUAGAUAGCAACGUUGGUAUAGGUCUAGACUUAUUUUAAAUGUUUAUGUUUGUCUAUAUAGAAGCGUUUUUGGUUGUAAGUUAUUUCUCGAAUGGAAGAUUUCAAGUAAGCAAAGGUUUUGCUUUCAAACAUUGUAGGUAGUUUUCUUGUAUGUGUAUCUCUGCCAUUGUAUGACAUUA